AGCGCACUCGCGUGACGUUGCCACGUCGCGGGAGGCAGCGGCGGGUCGGGUCGGGGUCGGGGUCGAGACCGGGACCGGGACCGGGACCAGGUGCAGGCCGGGCGGCGCGAUGGCGGACUGGACUCGCGCUCAGAGCUCCGGGGCCGUGGAGGAGAUUCUAGACCAUGAGAACAUGCGGAUGGCUGACAGCCUGGCCUCCAAGGUCACCCGGCUCAAAGCGCUGGCCCUGGACAUCGAUAGGGACACGGAGGACCAGAACCGGUACCUGGAUGGCAUGGGCUCGGACUUCCUGAGCACAACAGGCCUGCUCACGGGCAGCGUGAAGCGCUUCUCCACGAUGGCGCGGUCUGGGCGAGACAACCGGAAGCUGCUGUGUGGCGUGGCCGGGGGCCUGAUCGUGGUCUUCUUCAUCCUCUCCUACCUCCUGUCCAGAGCAAGGACGUGAGCCAGCACAGCUGGCGGUGCGGGUGCCUGGGGCAACCAGGGUCCCCUGCCUGGUGUCUGGCUGCAGAGGACCUGCUACCAAAUACUGCUUUGAAACGGUGACCAUGGCUUAGAUCUCCUCCCGUGUGGCUGGGAGACGCUGCCUCCGAUCUGAGCUGUGUGGCUGGUGCGGGGGCCCUCGGUGCUCGCGGCAUUGGCAGCCUCAUGGAAGCAGAGCAGCCGGGAGCCCUGGACGUGGCUGCCUAUGGCCCGCAGCCCUUCCCCAGCUCUCGGCUCCGACAUCUCAAGGCUCCUCUGCCCCCGCCUUGCCUGGGAAAGGCCAAGUCUGCUCUCUAGGGCUGGAUCUGACGUGGGAAACGGGUGAGGCUGCAAACCUCAGAUCAGCACCAUCUUCCCCACAUGGGCUCCAGCCAGGGUGGUAUUUCCUGCUGCCCAGGCUGCCGAGCACGGUGGGGUGGGGGUGGGGGGGUGGCGGUGCCGAGGGCCCCCGUUCGGCCUGGACCUCGACCUCGGCCUGCCCUCCAGUCCCAAGGCUGGGGGAAGAGCAGUUGGUGUGGAUGAAGAAGUGGAAUGCAGUCCUCGCUGGGAGCCCUGCACCCCAGGCCCAAGCCUUCUGGAUCUCUUAGCCAUGUAUCCAGUAGAACCCACAUUUUCUCAGGAUUGAGGACCCACCCAAGAUAUGUUUCCUGGAGAUCAGGGCUCUAGAAGCAGGGCCCUUUGGUAAUUCGGAGUCGGGCAGCGUGUGCAUGUGCGGACACGAGCGUGUACACAUGAUCGAGGGCUUCCUAGGACCUGUGUCAUUUCUUAAAGGUCCCUGGGUGAUUACCUCACCACCAAGCCAGCCCUUCCUCCCCCAGGGCUUUCCCCGUGCUGUGAGGGAGCUCUGAGCCAGCCCUCGUCCCCCUGACGGCUUGUCCUUGGGCCCUGACUGCCCACUUGGCCAGCCCUGUGUCCACACAAACCAAACCCCAGCCUGGCCAGGCCCGCGGCUUCUCACUCCAGGAAGAUCCCAGCGCCCUGUCUCACAUAGAACCAGUUAUUGGCUCUGUCCUUCCCUGCUGUUGUCCCCACCUCUGCCUUCCGGUCACUCCCAUUACUGCCGGCAGACUGCUGGCCACUGUCCACCUGCCUGCACGGUCACCCCACGGGGCCUGUUGGCUCCUGCCCUGCUCUGAUCUCCAGCCUUUACACCUGCCUUCCGCUGCUCCUCCCCUCCCCCAGCAGGCCUAGCCUGUCCUCCCGGUCACCAUAGUGUCCUCUCCUCCAGCGCAUCUGGCUGUGCCCCUCAGCCUCCAGGGAGGGGGGUCCCAGGGGCUCUGCUCUGCCUUCUGUACCCUCCAGCGCAUGCUCUCGAACCCCCUCUGUCUCGGGCAGCUUCCCCUCGUGAUGGCCCAGCCCUGUGGUCCUGCCUGAGACCCCGGGCGCCGCGGCUCUGGCUCAGCCGCUGCUCCUUUCCAGUGAUCCCUCGUGGGGUCUUGUGCACGUCACCAUGCUGCCUGCCAGGCCUCCUGGCCCUGCAGACACUGAGCCCGUGCUCCUGGGCCCCUCACGGCUUCAGCCACCCUGGAGUUGGGACUUGUUGUUCUUGUGUGAGGGUGGGUUCCAUGUAGGUGGCUUGCGGGUGUUCUAUGUGCACAGCACCUAACGCUGUGCUUGGGUUGGGGGUGCCAACACAGCUCUGAGAGCAGCCAGUGUCACGUGAGGACGAACUGCCAGGCUCCCCCCACAACUGCAGGACAAGACAAUAAAAAUGUGGA